AUGGACAAAACGCCAGCUCCCAUCUUCCGCAAGCAGCGUCCACUGAUUCCAUCCUCGUCAGUGGCGCCGUCCUCCUCCCCAGCAUUUGGCACUCCCGUCCACCCUCCGAAGCCGUUCAGCAUCAAUGCCCCCAAAGCCGCGAUUCUACCCAUCAUCCUCCCGCCCGCGACUCUCCGACCGCUCGCCUUCCGCACAUUCACAAAGAAGCACUCUCUCACCCUCACCUCGUCUGCACUACAAGAGCUUGCCUCCUUCAUCGGGCGACAUUGCGGCUCAGGAUGGCGCGAGGAGGGCUUGGCAGAAAGGGUGCUGGAAGAAGUGGCGAGGAGCUGGAAGAACCGCAAUGGCGGCGUCAUAGUGGAAGGGUCUAGCAAGGAGCUGCAGGAUAUCCUUAAGACCCUGGAAGGAAAUAUGAGUGGCGGCAAGAUCGUAGGCCCGGCCAGAGGGCUCCCAAGGGGAGACAGCAUGCUGGAUAUCAAUGACAGCGACACAUUAAACGCCAGACUGGGCAUCAGGCCGGCGGCGCUCCCCCGACAAGACAGCAAUGCCAGCUUUGGCAUGUCUGGACUGGGGGUGCAGGAGGAGGCAGAGGACGAUGACGAAGCCAACGAUGCCCGGGCUUGGCUAAAGGUUAUUGACGCCUACGAGCAGCCGCGACUCAUUUACAAUGUGGAUAAGAAGCACUUUGAAAGAGACACGGCCAAACCCUCAUUACUACCUCCGGCUUCUCACAAAACCACCGUCUUUCGAAACCGAUACCACGUCAUUCACCAACGCCUCCUCCGAAACGAAUCCUUCCAGACCUCUUCCGUCACUUCAUCCCGCAAACACACUCUCCACCGCUCACUCUCCAACCAACAAUCCCUCAAAAUCACGCCGAUAGCCAACUUGCUUGGACGACAUGGAAGCAACCACAUGCUGCUAGGCCAGCUGAACUUGCUGCCGACAGGAGACCUUGCCAUAAGCGAUCUGACAGGCACCAUCGCGCUUGAUCUUUCACAAGCCGUCGCCAUUCCAGAGGAUUCCGCAUGGUUCUGUCCGGGCAUGAUGGUCCUUGUGGAUGGCGUAUACGGGGAAGAAGAGGAGUCGAUUGGCAAAGGCUUGAGUGGCAGCAGCGGCGUGGGAGGAACACUGGGUGGCCGGUUCCAGGGCUUCUUCAUUGGACAGCCUCCUUGCGAAAAGCGAAAGGCGACACUGGGCAUCACCGGGGUCGACUCAGCAGACCAUGACCAGACCAUUGGCGGAGGCUUUGGCUGGAUUGACUUUCUCGGCGUCGGCAGUGAGCGUGCGGUGGGAUCGAAAAUGCGAAGGCUGGAGAGGAGGCUGCUGCAGCCUGCCCCCGAGCCGGACAUGCCAUCUCGAAAUCGAGUGGUAAUCAUUGGCGAGAUCAACCUCGACCAGCCUCGGGCUCUCCAAGCCCUCCGCAAGAUCCUAUCGCUGUACGCCGCCGAGCCUGAAGGAACCUCGCCACUCACGUUUGUGCUGGCCGGCAACUUCACGCAGCACGCCGUCAUGGCGCGAGGUGGCAGCGGCGGCAGCAUUGAGUACAAAGAAUACUUUGACGCCCUUGCUUCCACCUUUUCCGACUUCCCGACCCUCCUCCAGUCCUCGACCUUUGUCUUUGUCCCUGGCGACAAUGACGGCUGGGUCUCCUCCUUCACAGCCGGGGCCUCGGUGCCGCUACCCCGAAAGCCCGUCCCCGAAAUGUUUACCUCGCGCAUACGCCGUGCUUUUGCUACGGCCAACGCUGAAGCCGGCAACACUGGCGUUCAGGGGUCGGCGAUAUGGACAAGCAAUCCAAGCAGAUUGUCCCUCUUUGGGCCAAACCAUGACAUUGUUCUGUUCAGAGACGAUAUAUCCGCCAGACUAAGACGCACAGCAGUCACCCUCAAGCGCAAGCCGGCCGCCGAAACAGACGCCGAUCAGAACAAUGAUUCCUCUCAACAUAGAGACCACCACCCAGCGCCGUCAUCCGCCCCCGAAGACGCCAUGGACCUCGACGACUCCGCAGCAGCCCCCGCAAAGCCCCCCUCUCCUUCUCCCACAGUCGUUCCCCUCGACAUCAAGACGGCCCAGAAGCUCGUCAAGACGAUCCUCGACCAGGGCUACCUCUCGCCCUUCCGGCAGUCCACGCGCCCCGUGCACUGGGACUAUGCCUCGUCGCUGCACUUGUACCCGCUGCCUACCGCCAUGGCCCUGGUUGACACGACGGCGCCUCCGUUCUGCAUCACGUACGAGGGGUGUCAUGUGAUGAACCCGGGGAGCGUGCUUGUGCCGGGGCGCAAGGGCGUGGGGAGGUGGGUUGAGUAUGAGAUUGGGCGGGUGGGCAAGCUGAGGGAGUGUACGUUGUAG